GGUAACAUGAUGUCAUAAGGCUGCGCCGCGGUCCUGCAUUUGUGAUUAUGCUGAGGAAAGAGUGUCCAAACACACAGAAAAACUCCUGGUGAAGCGACUGAGAUCCACGUGACACACUAUUAUAAAGAUGGAGUUUAUUAAAGAGGAGAGUGAAGAUGUGGAGAUUGAAGAAACAUUCAGAGUCAAACAUGAAGAAACUGAGGAACAAACAGACCUAAUGGCGCUGAAAGAGGAGAAUCAAGAACUGAAUGAAAUGGAAGACAAAGAUCAGUACGAGAAAUGUCAUGAUUUCAUGACUGAGGAAAAAUCUGUCAGUGACUCACAGACUCAUAAAACAGAAACUACAAACCUCCAGAUGAGAGUUCACACUGGAGAGAAGCCUUUCACAUGCCAACAGUGUGGAAAGAGUUUCAGUCGAAAAGAAAGCCUUAAAGUUCACUUGAAAAUCCACAGCGGAGAGAAACCUUUCACCUGUAAUCUGUGUGGAAAGAGUUUCUCAUUAAAAGGAAAUCUUAAGAUUCACAUGAGAAUUCACACUGGAGAGAAGCCGUUUAUAUGCACUCAGUGUGGGAAUAGUUUUAAACUGAAAAGAGACCUUAAUGCCCACAUGAUAAAUCACACUGGAGAGAAGCCUUAUACCUGCAAACUGUGUGGGAAGAGCUUCACAGUGAAAGGAAAUCUUAAUAUUCACAUGACAAUUCACACUGGAGAGAAGCCUUUUGUUUGUGAUCAGUGUGGAAAGAGUUUCAGACAUAAAGAAACCCUUAAUCAUCACAUGAGGAUUCACUCUGGAGAGAAGUAUUUUAUAUGUCCUCAGUGUGAAAGGAGUUUCACUGACAGGAAUCACCUUAAGAAGCAUGUAAAAAUUCACAUUGUAGUGAAGCCUUUCAAAUGCCAUUGCUGUGAAAAGAGUUUCACACACAAAGCAAAUCUUGAGAAUCACAUGAGAAUUCACACUGGAGAGAAGCCUUUCACCUGCCCUCAGUGUGGAAAGAGCUUCACACUUAAAGGAAACCUAAAGAUUCACAUGAGGGUUCACACUGGAGAGAAGCCGUUCAUAUGCUCUCAGUGUGGAAGGAGUUUUAGACAGAAAAGAGACCUUAAUGCCCACGUGAUAAAUCACACUGGAGAGAAGCCUUACACCUGCAAGCUGUGUGAGAAGAGCUUCACAGUGAAAGGAAAUCUUAAGAUUCACAUGACAAUUCACACUGGAGAGAAGCCUUUUGUUUGUGAUCAGUGUGGAAAGAGUUUCAGACAUAAAGAAACCCUUAAGCAUCACAUGAGGAUUCACUCUGGAGGGAAGUGUUUUAUAUGUCAUCAGUGUGAAAGGAGUUUCACUGACAGGAAUCACCUUAAGAAUCAUGUAAAAAUUCACUCUGUAGUGAAGCCUUACAUAUGCCAUUGCUGUGAAAAGAGUUUCACACACAAAGCAAAUCUUGAGAAUCACAUGAGAAUUCACACUGGAGAGAAGCCUUUCACCUGCCCUCAGUGUGGAAAGAGCUUCACGCUUAAAGGAAACCUAAAGAUUCACAUGAGAAUUCACACUGGAGAAAAGCCUUUCACCUGCCCUCAGUGUGGAAAGAGCUUCACGCUUAAAGGAAACCUAAAGAUUCACAUGAGGGUUCACACUGGAGAGAAGCCUAACAAGUGUCUUCAGUGUGAAGAGCGUUUUACAUAUCACUCAGAGUUGAAACGGCAUUUGCAAACUCAUUAUGAAAAGAAAAGGCCAUUUUCCUCAGUGAGAUAAAGGUUUAGAAAAAGGAGCAAUUUCAACAAUAAUCUGUGCAUCCACUCUUGAGAAAAACGAUUAAUUUGUGAUCAGUGUAAUAAAAACAUCACACUUAUUGAUACAUAAGAAAA